CAGAUGCUCGGAUUGGCGUGCGAUAACGCCUCGCCGAACGACGUCAUGACCGACCUCUUGGGGGAGCGCGUCGAGGGCUUCGAAGGUUUGUUGGGCCGCGUGCGGUGCUUUGCGCACGUCAUCAACCUCGUAGUCAAGACGCUGCUUUGGCAGUUCGACGUACUGAAGGCGAAG